AUGGCUCUUAGUGCCUCAGCCUGGGCCUCUAUUCCAGAAUAUAUAUUGUCAUUAAAACUUAUUGUCAUUAAAACUUCUGUUUUAUUUUCCAAUUCUAAGGAUUUGAGUGUUUUAAAAUUUCUUAAUUAUCUAAAAGAUAAAGUGGUAUUCACAUCAGAUAGCAAACAAGAAAUCCAGGAUGCGCUUAAAAGAACGGUCGAGAGGGCUAUUGAUUCACCUAUUGUACAACCUGGAAUAAAGAAACGGUUAAAAAAAAUGUCCGAUAAUAUCAGUGAUACUUUUGAAAGAAAGGAAAUUGUUGAAUUUUUUGCGGAAUUGGACAAGGAGUUUGAGGCAAGGCAAAAUCAACGAAAUCUCGAGAUGUCUUUUGAUAAGUAUAGCUCCGAACUAUUACAAAAGUCUGGUAAUUUAAAUACAUCGAGACUUUCAUCUUAUUAUAUGACAACGUCUGCCGAAUUUCACGAAAAGGGAGAAUCAACUACUGAUCAAAGCAAUUAUGUUUCAAGAAAAAGAAGAGAUGUUGAUUUUAAUGAGGAGCGAACAAUAAAGAAGCAAUAUCAAGAUGGAUAUACUACGCCACCUCCACUUGAUAAAAAUGAACAAAAUGCAGAUUUUGCUGUUGAGCAGGAUACGGAUAACAUGAAUUACCAGGAGCUGUCAUCAGUUAAGACAUCAUUAAAUUCGGCUAUCGAAAGGCUUGUUAAUAGUGAAGGUGCGAUAAAUGUUGAGGUCCCAAUCUCCAAGCGACCUCAUGAGGCAGUUGCCUCUAAGAGUACUAAAAAUAGAAAUGAAGAGUCGGUUGAGAAACAUAUCUCUCAAGAAGAUUUGUUAAACUCAGUGAACGAAACAUCCAAUACCUUCAAGCAAAUCAAGUUCCCAACGUAUUACGAUAAACUAAAAACCAUAUGGGACACUUGUAAUGCCGGAGCGAAUUAUUUUGUUUUAGAUUUAAGAGACAAAAAAAUAUUAAAUCAAGUGCACAAUCUUUUGGAAGAUCGUGAACUAGAAUCGCUGUUCGAGAGACUGUCGUUAGAGGAUGAGAAUGAACAUAUGAGUAAGACUGCACGUGAAUAUAUGAUACUGUUCGACCAAAUUAUAGAAGAAUCUUCGGAAGACGAUGCGGAGGAUGUUGAAGAAGAGGGUGAAGAGGAUUCAGAGGAUGUUGAAGAAGAGAGAGAAGAGGAUGCGGGAAAUGUUGAAAAAGAGGGGGAAGAGAAUGUGGGGAAUGUUGUUGAAAAUAGUAUCAAAAUUGAAGAUGAAGCUGUUUCUGAAAUGGGAAAAAUAGCACAUAGUUUGAAUGGAACAGCCAAAAAACUUCGAUUCCUAUCAAACACCAUUCCCAUUCCGGUGCAUGACUACGAUCAAUCCCAAUUUCCAGAUGUACAUAUUAUUAAAAGCGUCUCCAGUCAUUUAGAUGCUGUCACUAAAAUGAAAGGCAUUGUGAAGAACACUACUGAACGAUCAUGGAUAUCACAUAUUUUAGCCUAUCUUUUUUUUAUUACAUUUAGUUUUCUUGAUUCUGUGCAAUAUUUUUCUUGUGAGCGGACGAUUUCUACGAAGAUGGAUUUUCAACUCACAGAUUAUAGAGCGGAUGGAGUAGCUGAAUUCUUUGAACGUCCAAAACAAAUCCCGCUGUUUCUGCUUGAAGUUUCUGGAGACCCUGGUGAUCCGGAUCCCGAUAAGUUCAAAACCGAUAGACACAAAUUAAUGAGUGAAGGCGUCUUCGCUCUUAACAAAUUUAUGACGAAAACAGAACUCCCAACGUGGAACGUUUGUAAAACAUUGGGAAUUUUCCUUGCUCAGGCAUUUGGUGAUGAGCUCGAGAUUGGUCAGAUUAUUUAUAUCGGUCCAGGAUUAUACCUAUUUUCACCAUUUACGAUACCUAAUCUAAUUAUUCCAACUUCCGCUACUAAUUUGGAACAUGUGCCUCGACUAAUUCGAACAUUAUUAUGUUUGCGAUAUAAUAUUGUCAAGAAGAUCGAAAAAUUUAAGAAAUUCGAAAGAAGUGGACAACGUCGUAUCAUGAAACCCACAACUAAAUAUGCUACCGGGCUUUCACCAGGCCGGCUUAGAACU